GAUGGCCUGCAUAAUUGUUUCUAAGGAAACGGCUCCAACCAAUCAGCAGACUGUGUCUGUGGAAGUUGUCUCAGCCAAUCGGAGAGCCGCAGCCAUGGAAACAUCCAGACGCUAGGCCUUGCAUUGAUUCUUACCCGGUGCUUUGGCCUCCCGGUAUAUCGCCUAUCCGCUGCUCAGGUUUGAGGACACAUUUCCGUCUUACAUGGGGUAAAACUCCACAUACCCUGUGAUAUCAAAGACUGAAUAACAUGUUUAAGGCGAAAGUGCUUGUCGUUGGACCCACGGAGAGCGGUAAAAGCGUUUUGGCCAAUUUUAUAUCUGAUGCAACAGAAACAAUAGCUGGCGAAUACAACCCCACUCAAGGUGUAAGAAUUCUAGAAUGUGAAUGUCCAAAUGGAAAUAAAGGCUCCUCUUGUGAAGUGGAACUUUGGGACUGUGGGGGAGAUUCAAAAAGCAGCGAGUGCGAGUGUCUUCUGAUUGCACAUAAAAAGCCUGGGUCAGGGGACGAAAGAGAACGUCUAAAUUUAGCUCCAGCCCUUGCUACAUUAACCCUUAUAUAUUCCAAUCUGGAAGAUGACCCUGAGGAUGUAAGAAUGGAGUUAAUGAAAUACCUUCGAGGCAUAGUCAUUUCUUUGUCGGAGAGCAGAGACCAAGAGGAAAUGUCCAUUAUAACAUAAAAGAUGUUUAAAAGCCUGCAUUUUUAAAUAAAUGUUUAUUAAGUUUUUAUGAUCAAAAUCUAGUACAUGGGGAAAAGGAGAUAAGGACCUUUAUUUUGUGUGAAAUAUUCCACUUUUUGUGAAAAAAUUGAGGAAAAUUACUGCUUCUGUUAGUUCAUCAGUAACCCAUGGCUAUAUUGCACCUCUUGAUCUAUCACUAAAAUAGUAAAACAGUUGAAUGUAAUGGGAUAUGAACUGUAGAAGCUGUUUGUACUUUUCAUCUUAAUCUCUGCUUAGCCAGUGGCUGUCCUAUUGCUCUUUUUCCUUCCAUCUGUUUGUUAUAUUAUAUUCUCUACAAAUGGUCUGCUGUUAUCAAGGCAGCUUUGCAUCAUUCCAGAAUUUUGUGUAAGUGUAAGACAGGAGGACCUCAUGCACAUGCACAGAGCUACGCCAUUAUAGACAGUGAGGAGGGAGGGUAAAUAUUAGGAGUGCAGAAUGGAAAGUAAAAGUGAAUUUUUAAAAAGGUAUGGAUGUUUUACAUAGUAACAUAGUAACAUUUUACUUUUAAGCUAGAUAUGCUACACCUUGUGUUUUCAGCUUAUGUGUUGAUACAUGGUCACCACAACCCAUUAGCAGUAUCUCCCCAUCUUUUCUGCUGAGCUUAGGUACAUACGAUAUAUUGUAUAUAUUGGGACCUUCCUGUUCACACUUGCCUAGAUAAUUAAGUUUAUAGUACACAGGGUGCUUUGAAAUACAUUUUUGGGGGGAAUCUGUCAACCAGUGGGCAACAAGGGACCCAUAAUUCCUUGGCAAUGGGAAGAAUGUAAAUCACCACAAGUAAAGGUUAUUUUCAGUUGGUCUGGCAUGUACCAACAUGCUUACUCUUAUAGAGCUGCUGAACCUCUGGGUUUGCAUAGCAUGUUCCGUAUUAUUUACUGGAUUUUAGUUCUCCUUUAUAUGAGA